GCAACGAGGAAGGAAGGGAGAGCGAGGGAGGGCAGCAGGGGGAGGCAGAGGGAGGCAGACACCGACACCUCGGCAGUAACACUCUGAGUGCGAGGGGGCACAGGCGGCUCUCAAUGGGGAGGUCUCAGUGAAGCAGCAGUCUACCUGUUGGAGCUCAGUGCGGGAGAGUGCCGUGCCGGACCCACGCUGAUCGUGGAUCUGCGGGAAGCCCACUGCACUUAGGAGGCAAAAGCAGCCUAAACAAUGUCUCCGAGACUGUUACUCUGCGCUGUUUUGGCUGUGUACCAGGGGACGCCAACCUGCACCGGAUUUAAUGUAGAUGAACGGUUUCCUGUGAUCAAAGAGGGGAAAACCAAAGGGAGCUUCUUUGGAUUCUCAGUCGCUCUGCAUCAACAGACGGGGGGCUCCAAAAAAUACCUGCUUCUUGCAGGGGCACCCAAGGAGAAAGCCCAAUCUCUACAAAAUGUCAAUGAGACAGGUGCUGUGUACUCCUGUCCCCUUACCACACUCUCCAAUGACUGCACCAGGAUGGACUUGGUCAGCACAACAAGUCCUUCUGAGAUGGUGGAGGGCAUGUGGCUGGGCGUGACAGUGGCCAGUCAGAGGGACCAGCCGGGGGGACGUGUGCUGGCAUGUGGGCAUCGAUAUGUGAAGAUCAUCCAAGGCGGCACAGAGGAGCAGCGGCGGAUGAUAGGGAAGUGCUAUGUAAGGAGUAACGAUCUGACCUACGACCCAAACGAUGACUGGCAGACUUACAGUUACGAGGUCUGCAACCCUAGCUUUGACUUGGAGCUCGAGGGCAUGUGCAACAUGGGCAUCUCAGGCGGCAUGACAGACACUGAUGUCUACAUCGGCGCCACAGGCAGCUACGUGUGGCAAGGAAAUGUUCAUGUAACAUGGAGAGAUCCGGAUCCACUGAACGCUUGGGACUCGAUAGGCAAAGACUUUGGCCAGCUGAAAAAGCGAUACAGUUAUAUGGGUUACUCAGUUCUCGAAGAGAAGAAGCUGCUGACCCAUGACGACUACACAGUAGUGACAGGGUCUCCCAGGGAUGAGUCCAAGGGCUCAGUGGUGUUUGGGACAAAGAAUGACAAGGGCAUUGAAUCGGUGCUCACCAUCCGGGGGGAACAAGUGGGCUCGUACUUUGGGAGCAGCCUGGCUGUCACCGACCUCAACAAUGACGACUGGAAUGACCUGAUUGUGGGAGCCCCGUUUUACUUUGACCGUAUGAACGAUCAUGGUGGAGCAGUGUAUAUCUUCAUGAAUGAGAAUGGAUCUUUCCAGAAGAACGCCACCGUGGUACUGAAGGGUCCGUCGGCUUCUGGAUUUGGGUUUGCAGUGGCUGCCAUUGGUGAUAUCAACCAAGAUGGAUUCCAAGACUUUGCAGUGGGAGCUCCUUUCCACGACUCAGGAAAGGUCUACAUAUGGAUGGGAAGUAAACAGGGAGUCUCAGAGAGGCCCAGUCAGGUGAUUGAGGGUAAGACAGUGGGCAACAACGGAUUCCAUACCUUCGGCUACUCCAUCAAUGGAGGGAUGGACAUGGAUGACAACACUUACCCUGACAUCUUAAUUGGUUCUCUGGACGACCGCAUUGCCCUGCUCAGAGCUCGACCAGUCAUCCACUUAACAAAGGACUUCGUAGUUAUGCCUAAAAUCGUGGACCCUAAUCAGUGUCCUGGAGAUACGCCAUGCAUUACAGUGACUCUGUGUAUGUCUUUCACUCUGAGCAAUGGAAACAAAGACUUCAAGAAAAAUAUCACGCUGAAUUACACAGUGAAGGCGGACAUGGAGAGGAGAAGUCCACGAGUUCGUUUCGAGAAGGGUGACACCUAUAAUGGCCUCCUUAGCCUGCCGUCUUCCAAACGCACAUGUCACACUCUAAAGCUGUUUGUUAUGGAGCCUGUGAGGGACAAACUGGAACCCGUGGUCUUUUCCCUCAACAUGUCCUUACAUGAACCAAAACCAAAAUCCAGACGCUCCUUCCAGAACCUGGACUUCUUCCCAGUCCUGAGCCAGGAGCAGAAACUCACCCAAAGAACUGAGAUUAACUUUCAGAAGGAGUGUGGCUCAGACAACAAAUGCAGCAGUAACCUGAAGCUGAGAGCCCAGUUUGUUGACAGCAAUAAAAAGCCGUACCCCAGGCAGGGCAAAUUCCAGGUACUUCAGUUCAACAGCAAUAUGAGGACAGUGAGUUUGAUGGUGAAGGUGACUAACAUCCCUUCCGCGGGGAAGGUGGCUGAGGACGCCCAUCAAGCCAUGCUCAACAUCACCAUCCCUGAGGCACUGAGUUACUCUGGUUUCAGGCCAACGGACCGUGAUAUACAAUGCACUUUGGAAAACACAGUGAUUUGUGAGCUGGGGAAUCCGCUUAAAGCCAACGAGAACGUGUCACUUUCCAUCAUCUUUGAGACAUCAGGGAUUAAUCUUUACACACAAGAGAUCGAGUCCCAGCUGCUUCUGUCCACUGUUAGUGAACAGUUUGACCUGAAGCCGGUGCCUGUGGGCCUGCUGAUCGAAAAUACCAUCCUCCCCUCCUUUUCCAUAGAAAACGCCUUGGUGCAAACAAACUUCGGUGGGACAGUGAUGGGCGAGUCAGCCAUGGUAAACACCAGUGACGUGGGCAGUCUGGUGGAGUUCACCUUCAAUGUGAACAUGAGAGGUCAGCCCCUGGGAGACUUGGGCACCCUGGCUGUGGAGUUUGAGUGGCCCUUUGAGGUAGCCAACGGCAAGUGGCUGUUGUACCUGACGAAGGUCGUCGUUGUGGGGGAAUCAGACACGGAAUGUAGACCUCCUGAACCAGUCAUCAACAUGCUUAACCUGACUUUGUCAGAGCGCGGGCUGAGGCGUACUAAACGGCAGAUCGUGGGGGAUGAUGCUCUUGAUUCGACCCCGUCACAAAUCAUUGAGCCACAGGCGGCCAUCACACUGGUCACUCACCGAAGAGACAGCUACCUGUUGGAAUGCUCCAAGGGGACAGCGAGAUGCGUGAAGUUUCGCUGCCCACUGCUCAACAUGACGGAUUCAGCCAAGAUUUAUGUCCGGUCCCGUUUGUGGAACAGUACAAUGCUCGAGGACUACAGCAAUGCUGAAGUUAUGGUCAAAGGUGAAGCCACACUGAAGCUCAUUACAGAUAAACCAACCAUCAGGAUGGACAGUCAGACCACCACGUUCAAAGUAGAAAUAAAACCAGUGGAGGGAGUGGAGACGCCCUAUGAGCUCCCGCUGUGGAUCAUCAUCUCAGCAGCAGUAGCUGGAAUUGUACUACUAGGAAUCAUUAUUCUUAUACUAUGGAAGCUUGGAUUCUUUAAGCGAGCCAUCUACUACCGGAUAAUGCCAAAGCACCAGGGGGUGAAAAUUCGCAAGGCUGAGCGCUAUCAGUUCAAUCUGGGAUUUCAGCCUGAGGAGCCACAGAAAAAGUAUUGGAUCACCAGCUGGACAGAGAUGCAGCAUUACUACUACUGAGGCCUUUACCUUGAACCCUGAACCACUCACCGUCACACUGGCACGGGACAAACAAGGAGCACUGGGUUCGGUCGAGCCGCAUGGACUUUGCAGUGCAUGGACCAACUGUGGAUAAAGCAUUCAAUUUGAAACUUCUUUAUCUUUUAGUGUUUUUCAUCAACUCUUUCAGUGCAAUAUACUGAACUUUUUUUUUUUGUUUCAGAGAUUGUAAUUUGUUAAGUAUUUUUGAAGAAUGCAGUGUUGUACAUUGGAAUUGGGGUUGCAUUCAAGAGUAAUUUGUAAAAUUGUUUUUGAUUACGUUGCAGGUUUUUACUCAGUGUUGCAUGUAUUCUCUCAUUUCUUUCCAUUUUGUUCUUUCUGAAUCCUCUAAGCAAAUCUACUGGUCAUUCGUCAUGUUUUAUUGCCACCAUGUCUGUGUCUCCUCUCUAAUCAGAAGAAUGAGUCCAUUGAUUUUCUCUGUGAUUGUAUAUGCCCUUCCUGCUCUGUCUCCAGGCAUCACUUUGUGGUCAGCUGGUGUAGGUUAUGUAAAGGUUUAAAAACCUACAUCUGUCGUUUUUGGAGGUCAUUUUCCAACUGCACUUAAAAUAUGUUGACCAGAAUCCGCUCUGUGGCGAGUGAAGAUGUGUCUUUAUGUGAUGUGCAUGUCGGUGCGUGGUUGUGGCUCUCGUAUGCAGAACCUGACUUUGUGAUUUUCAAGCUAUGUAGAAAUAUUACAUCCCUGACAAAAUACAGACAAGUACAGAGAAAAAAGUGGCUCUCACUGGUGAAUGAAAUAUUUUAACUGCCUACAUUAAAUUCCAUGGCAAGAGUCGCCUGAGCAACCCUGCAACAAGUUGAAAAGCAAUAGGUUCUUGUUUGUAUGUAGAAUUACCCAGCAUUUGAUGAUGAUGAUCAUGGGAGCACACUUGAUUAUUAUUUAUUACACUGUCCUGUGUUAUUACAGUAAAGAACCUGUCUGAAUAUCGUUAAUUAUAUCGCAUACAGGGAGUCACCACACUGGAUUAAAGAAUACAUGGUACUGUAUCUGUCUGGAGGCUUGUUGGUAUCGUAAACUCCAGCAUAGAUAGUUAUGUCGUAUAUUGUACAUAGUGACAAGUUAUGUUGAAUUGACUAUUUGAAUGAAUGCAUAUGUCAUUGGCCUUUUUUGUUUCACUGACCCUAAGCUUUGUAUUUUUGUACGAGACAGUAAGCUGACACUUGGAUUGUUUCCACGCCAUUGUGGCCAACCUGCAGCACUGAAGAUGUAGUGGAUCAGGAGAAGACAGUCGCCGAGCGGUCUUUGAUGGGACUAAGUGUUGUGUUAGCACUCUAGUUUGUGCUACCUGAGAGCCCACAGCUACUCUUGUGACUUGUGACUGUGGCCUUUGCAGAGGCUCCAUUGACUCUGAGUAAAUAAGGGAGGGCUGAAACCAAUGCACAAACUCUGUUCUCUGUGGUGGUGUUGUUGUUUUCUGUUUUGUUUUUUACUGUGCAGUUUCAAGUAAUUAAAUUGUUUUUAACAGCC